UUUACAUCGUUUAAUCGAUCGCUUCGCGCUUCAAUGCGGCAAGGCUGGCAAGGCAAGGAUGCGUUGCUUCCAACGAAACAUAAGCACGUAUUGGUGACUGGUCUGAAGUUCUGCCUUUUGCACAGUAGUCAGCUACGAGCUCCCUUCGCUAACGCCUUUGGCUUAGCUCGCCCGGUGUCGUUCGACGUGCGUUCUCAGUGUCGGCGCUUCGUCUUUCCUCGUGCGUGCCACAACGUGUGCCUCCGCGUGUAUCAAUUACGUGCACAGCUAGCGACCAGCAACGUUCGUCGGCUUUAGACUCAUCUGAUCGGCGACUCGUAAUAGUUCGACGGAAAUCGGCUCGUCCGAUGUCGUUCGAUGUGUGUUUCUCAAUGUGGGUGCUUCUUCUCGUGCAUGCCGCAACGUGUGCUUCAGCAUUUCCCAAAACGAGGAUUAUCGUCGUCUUUACCGGAUGCUGAAGGGCUACUCAGUCGUCAGCAACGACCGCCUGUGGUCCGAAGAGAUCUUACGCGAGGUGGCUCACGGGCAAGCAGUCAUCAUAGCGACCCGCACUUCGGCGCUCUACCAGAUGUCCAUGCGUUGCAGAGAUAUCCCGAACACCGAGAUCUACGUCAUGAAAGAGAGGCUUAUGUGGUUUCCUCUGGUGGUCUACUACAACCGUGCUAGAGCAAGCUCUGUUGGCCUGGCUUUUGAUAAGAGGCUGAAAUGGGUAAAAGAGACCGGCCUGAUGAACAAGUGGCACGCGGACAUGGUGACCCGAGGGGGCGACCUCUCCCAAUGUCCCAAGGAAACCACGGGCGAGUUGGACACCCUCCAGUUCAACCACAUCAGCUCCGUAUUUGUGCUCCUGGCCGUCGGCCUUGGCUUGGCUGUCGCGGCGUUCGUCUGCGAGGUUGUUGCAGGUCCUCUAGCCUCGCUGGUCGGGCUGUGCUUCACGCCCCUAAAGAGGCAUUCGACGCGGAUUCGCCGUCUCGCCGCUGCUUAGGACUGACCACGAAAGGCCUCUGGGUUCGAGUUCCACAAAGCUAAUAUUCUCUGUUCUCGCACACACAUAGGGAAUAAGCUAGACGCUGGAUUUCCUCUUUGAAGGAACCAUAUGCAAUAAUUUUGGGUUCUAACUUUUUUUUCUCACUUUUCACAUAUAUACCUGCAAGUGUCAUCCACAUAUACUCGCAGGCAAUAACACUGACCUAGAUACUUCUACAAAAAGUAACAAAAACGCAAACGUGGAUGUACUUUUUUUGUCGUUUUUUCCGAAAACGGGGAUCGCAAUGCUGUGGCCCCCGAGACUCUUGGCGCGGAAAUGUCUCCUCCGGUCAUUCCAUUCGUGGGGAUAUGCUGAGAUGAAGGACACUAAAAUGAUCGAAGCUGUUUCUCCAUCUCGGUGGCGCUGGUGAAGGGUAAGAAUAAUCAUCGUCCAGCUUGCUUGGCUUCCUGCCAAGACAAAAAGGCGCCUGUUCGCGUGAAUUAUAGUCGUUGCUUCCCACCACAACAAACAUUACUUUUUUCAGGAAGACGUAUGUUGAAACCCGAGUGUUUUCUCAUUGAAAACCGAAAAAAUAUAAAAAUGCACGCCUGAUUGUCUUCAGCUGAACUACGCGUCCAGUCAUAUUGAACAAAAGAC